UUCUCUUUCCGUCAUCGUCUAGGCAAUCCUUAAACAUUGAAGCAUUUUUGUAAAGGACUUGGAUUGCAAAUCACCUUCUUGUAUCUUCAUAUUAAUUCCCCAUGGCAACCCCCACAAGCAAAAGUUCCAAAACAAUCCGGCAAGCCAUCCAACUCAAACAAGUGAUGAAGCUCUGGAAGGCCAUAAGCGUCAAUGGCAAAUCCAACCCCACUCCCUCUGGCUUUCUUCCUGUUUAUGUUGGAUGGUACCGAAUCCGGUUCUUGAUUCCUACCCGAUUCCUCAAAUAUCCGAUAUUUGUGGCUCUUCUUGACAAAUCAGGAGAGGAAUUUGGGUUCAAGAUCAGUGGAGGGAUAGUGUUGCCAUGUGAUGUUGAGUUCUUCAAAGAAAUACUCAAUUUGCUUCAGAAGAAUGAGAAGAGGUACGGUGGCUUAGAGCUUGAUCAGUUCCUGAAGAAAAUUUCUGAGAAACCAAACGUUUUAUAUAGCCAAAGGGAAUAUGCCACGCCUAAAAUCAUCCCAAGCUAGCGCAGCUAUAUGGCUAGCUAGGAGCUAUUUCUGAGUCAGUUAGCAUUGCAACCAGGCGCCAUGAAAGUUAAGCAUCGAUCGACAUUGUAAUAGCGACAGAUUAUUAUAGUACUCUUAGAGAAGAUCAGGAUUAGAUUUCAUGAAGAUAAUUAAGACAAAUGCUAGUAAUCUUGCAAUCAAAUAUAGAGGGGGAGGUGAUGUUGAGAAACAAGUAGACAGGCUAGGGAGCCGUUGAU